GCGAACUCAGUUUCCCAGGUGGCGCGGCGGAGGCCAGUCCGAAGUCAGGCUUUCUCGGCCUGCCGUAAAGUUUGAACCGGGAGGCGGCAGUAGUCGCUGGCACAGGUUUGGUGUGAUGGCGCCAUUGUCGUGUAUCUGGGGAGGCCUUCACCAAGAUUCGGCACCUUCAACUCCCACCUGAUAUCUGCAUAUCAAGAUAUCUCGUUUUUCCCCUAGUUCCCCAAGAAGGUCGCUCCUCUGACUUAAUCACAGAGGCACGUUUUAGUCUGAUAUUACCUUUAGUAUUGCAUCCCCACUCACCUCUUUCGCUCUGACGUGGCUUUUCCUGGGCUGUGCCUCUGGUGUCAGGUUGGGAAAGAAAGGGCACAAGACGCCGGGGAGCCAGACCCCUGCUGCAGGCUAUGAGUAGGAGCUGGAGCUGGUCUGAGCAGCUCGACGCGCUUCUCUAUGCUACUGACGGAAAUGUGGCUAGGAUUAAGCAGCGUCUAUAUCCCCUUGGGGUCUCCACCUCAGCAGGAGAUCUGGCUGGGACCUGGAUUUCCCCUCGUCACUUUUCUCCCCAGUCAGGAGUCCAAGCUCAACAACCUUGGGUUCUAGAGACUCCCAUUGUCCCAGAGAGGCUGAGCUGGGCUGAGGCCCACAGUGCAUCUUCUCUCUGGGAUGAAGUUACUAUACUUCGAUCUCAGCUUCAAUCUCAGGCUCAGGUGACUGAGGCACUGAAGCAGGCUGUGCAGGGUCUGCUGGAAGAGCGAGAGCAGCAGAAGUACCAGAUCUACGCCCUGGAAGCAUCACUAAGGUUGCUGCAGGGGGGCCCAGAGCAAAGGGCCCUUCUCCUGGAGCAACGCUUGGAGGAGUUGAGAAGGGAACUGCAGGGCCUUCGAAGCCAGGUGCAGGAACAUGCCCGAGCCCAAGUACAAACAGGACCAGGAAAGGGCAGUGCUACCAGUGGCCUUCACCAUGAGGUGCAGAAUGAGCGGCAACUGCUGUGGGAGGAGUCAGAGAUUAUUCGUGAGGAACUGAAGUUGCUGCGGGACCAGCUGAGCCAGCACCAGGAGCUGCUGCUGAAACAGAUGACUGAGGGGCGGCAAGCUCAGGCCCGCAGCUGGAAGGUGUGCUGAAGAGGCUAAUUGUGGGGUUGGGGGCUCCUCCUGGAAAGGGAGAGGUUUGAUCCUACUUGGGCCCGUGGUCUGGCAGAUGUUGGAUCAGCUGCAAAGUGGCCAAGAGGGCAAAAAUCACACCCUGGAGGCUGUCAGAACAGAGGUCCAGGAUGCCCGGGGGGAGCAUGACCUCCUCAGGAAUUCCAUUCAUGUCCUCCAAUCUAAGCUGCUCGUGGCUACCACCUUCGCCUUGUCUCUUUCUUCAUCUAGCUCUGAAGCCAGUCUUCUGGACAGUAACAGUAGCUGGGAACUUUUAAGGAAGCUAGAUCUCCAGAAGUGCACCCUUUCUAAUCUGGAGCCCAGCAGCUUUCAGCUCCAGGCCCAGAGCCUUGAGCAGGAGGACCUAUUCUUUAAGGGCCCCAAGAUGCUCCUGAGUGACCUGUAAGGACUCAUAAGAGUAGCAAGAUGAAGUCUUCUCUGCUCACCUUCCCCUCCAAGGUCCUGUUUCUGGGUCCCCUGCCUUCCCCUUCUUGAUCUAGCUUGUAUCUGCCCUUCCUUAUGAGGCUUGUCACUGCCUGCUCAUCCCUACCCACUAACUGCAAUAAAAUGGCUUAACCCUC